AAACAAUUUCUUUUUCUGGUGAUAGGACAAUAAAAAGCACUUGUGGAUAAUUUGCGAUAAAUAUAUAAUUACAACACACUUUAUAUACGAAAAGAUUGAAAAUGCAGGACUCCAACACAAACAAAAAUGCCGGUAUUAAAAACCAGCUUCAGGCACUUAAAGGUCUCUCACUGCCUCUUGUCACAGAAAAACAGAGAAAUGAUAUUCUGCCUGACUUUUUACCUCCCAAUGAGAUCCACAUUGAGGAGUUUGAGGAUGGUGAUGACCAUAGUCAAGAUCAAGCACACAGAUAUAGUUCUGGUAUGGAGAAUCUUUACAGGGGGACGAAGAGGAGGAGAAGUAUUAAACAGAUCACAGAAGAGGCCCCUCCGAGGAAAAAGCAGUGUGAGGAGAACGAAGAUUAUGUGUAUGACAUUGUUGAUCUGACUUUUUUGGAGAACAGCUCAUCUCCUUUGUCUGGCUUAUACCCUUUGAGGGAGAUGAUUCCCAGUGUAGAUGUUUCCACCAGCACUGUGGACAUCAAUGAAGAGGACAGUGAUGAAGAGGCCCCACCUAGACGGCAGUGUAUGGGGGAAGAAGAUAAUGUGUACGAGGUGGUUGAUCUCACUUUUUCGGAAAGGAGCUCAUCCCCUUUGUCUGGCUCAUCCCCUUUUUGGGAUUUUAUUCCCACUGAAGAUGCUUCCUCCAGCACUGAGGAUUUUUGGUUGGCGAUGAUGAGAACGAUGGAGCAGUCAGAUGUUGAGGAUGACCAUGAAGAGGUCCCUUCCGGAAGAAGCCAGUGUGUGGAGGAAGAGGAUGAUGUGUGUGAGGUGGAUUAUCUCACUUUUUCGGAAAGGAGCUCAUGCCCUUUUUGGGAUUUUAUUCCCACUGAAGAUGCUUCCUUCAGCACUGAGGAUUUUUGGUUGGCGAUGAUGAGAACGAUGGAACAGUCAAAUGUCGAGGAUGACAAUGACGAGGCCCCUUCCAGAAGAAACCAGUGUGUGGAGAAACAUAGAGAGCUCAUUGCCAUAAUUUAAAUAAAGUGUUUGAAUAUUA